AUGGUAGAGAAUUACUGGCGGAUGGUAGUGUCUUCGUUGCAGGACAUGUAUAAUGCGAAUGAAGUAACACAAUUUGAUGACGACACAAUGGCUAAACGUAUGAAUUUUGAUUCUUUAUCUGAUGAUCAAUUACCAAAUUAUCUGUUGGAAUUCCAAAGUCACCUUCAGAAUAUCAAUAAAGGUAAUGAAUUAUUAGAAUCCAUUCAAAAUAAUCUUACAAAGAUAUUAGAUGAACAGAAAGAACUAGAGGAAAACAAAGAAAAUGAGGAUAUCCAGGAAAGCAAGGAUAGUAAAUCUAAUACUGAUGUAAAGGCAGGUGUUGCCGUCUCGUCAACAGCCGCAAUUGUGACUUCUAAAUCCAAAUCAGAAGUGCCAAUAUCGAGCUCUGUUACUGGAGCCGAUGGAUCCAUUGAAGGUAGACAAUACUGGGUUAGCGAAUACAAUUCUCUGGAUCCUAUCGUUAUUGGAUCAGAAGUUGCAUAUAAACCACGUAAAGGUGGUGAUGGUGAAUGGUUCCAAUGUGAGGUUAUCAAGGUUUUUCCCGAUAGGAUCAGGUACGAGGUACGUGAUCCCGAACCUGACGAACUUGGAAACACUGGCAAAGUAUUUAAAUGCAGUUGGAAAGAGUUGAUUUUGAUUCCAACAUUGAAAAGUGCAAGCAUAAGAUCCAAGACACUCAAUUACCUUGCGGGAACCAAGGUACUUGCAAGAUAUCCAGAGACAACAACGUUCUAUCCUGCUGAAGUCAUCGGAAACAAAAGAGAUGGCACUUGCAGACUAAGAUUUGAAGGUGAAGAAGAAGUAAACAAAGAAACAGAGGUACCAAGAAGACUAGUAUUACCGUUCCCAAUGGCAUCUGCAACGCCUGCAAAGAAGUGA